AUGAGCGCUGAACCGGAGAAUACUGUGCCAAACGGCGAGGGCGAUGCCAGAGAUCCAAGUGGCUUCUUGAGCGAGAUCAUCGGGGCGCCUGUGACGGUGAAGCUGAACUCUGGAGUCGUCUACAAGGGCGAGCUGCAGUCUGUGGAUGGCUACAUGAACAUUGCUCUCGAAAACUGCAAGGAAGUGGUCGAGGGGAAGCUGAGACGGAAUUAUGGGGAUGCUUUUGUUAGGGGAAACAAUGUAAUGUACAUCUCUGCAGACGCAGCGGGGAGCUGA